AAAAAUUAAACUCAUAUUUUUUUUUAUAACGCAUAUUUAAUGCAUAAAAGAGUUACUAUUCUCAGGAAAGCUAUAAUCCCUCAAUAUUGCUCAGAAGUGGUAUGAUAACAUGUAUCGGGCCCAACGUAGAUGCCCGAUCUUUCUGGUUUUGGAAGAAGAAAUCGAAUAUGGUCGAAUAUGGUAGCGGUAACUGCGGAUUGCCUUCGCCACCUCGCAUAGAUCUCGUUUGCAAGGGUUGCGAGUCGAAGUGUAUCGAAUUUGAGGAAAUGAAAAAGAAGAAGAGAAAAUUUUUCACGUUUAAAAAGAGGCCAGAGCCGAAAAAGAAGCCGGAUAAUUGCAAGGAGGAGGAGAAACCGGUGGAAGAGAAGUACACGUUGUGGGAGACGAUCUUUGGGCCAAAUCCAAAGAGGUUUUGGCCUGAUCCGUGUACUUGUAAACUAGCGCUCAAGGAGAAGAGAAAUAAAAGGAUAUGCGAUCCGAGGUUGCAGGAUUCACGAUACGAAUUGACAUGUGGGGAUGUCUUUUUGUAUACAGAAACGAUAAAAUCGUGUCCGAAAGGUUGCGUGGAACCUCAACCGAAGUCUCCACCAUCCUACAAGAUGCCUAGAGCGGCAUUGUCCAAAAUGUUGAGCUCAAGCAGUUUGACAUCGAUCAACCGCAUGGUAAUGAAUCAGCAAAACGAGAAUAAAGAAAAUCCGAAACAUUUGGAACCGUGUAGAAUGCCGUAUGAUGAAAUGAGGCCGGCUGAAAAAAAAAGAAAAGCAUUCAAUUGUCUGUCGGGAGUUCGAUCGGAAGAUAUUAUUCGACCAUUGAAUAAUGAUUUUCAUUCUCAUAAAGUUUCCCAACAACAAGUGCCGGAAAAACCAGAAAUAUUGAAAAUUUGUGAACGAGCUAGACAAAAGAAAGAAGGAUCGUCCGAUAAGAAAAAAACCGAUUCGAAUGAAAUGGGUAAAAAAUUAUCUAGAAUAGAGCAAUUGAAAAUGCAAAUUAAGCAAAAAGAUAUGUUUGAUUAUAAUUCGUGUUCUCCUUCUAUUUGAAUGAAAUUGAAAUUGAUUUUGCUGUGACUAAAUAACCAAACGUAACUUCAAAAAC